GCUCGAAGACGCCCUGGUCGUGAACUCUGGGCCUUUGGGCCGGGUCCUCCAAGGCAGUGGCUGCCCUGGACACGCCGUCUUCGAGGAUGUCAGGACCGGUCGCCCCGCUGGCACCAAGAAGCUCGCGGUCAGGCAGCUGCAAACUACCUGCGGCACCGCCUGCGGGACAGCCUGUGGCACCGGCUGUGGCUCAGCCUGUGGCACGGCCUGCGGGUCGGCCUGCGGCACGGCCUGCGGUGCCUGCGGUACGGCUUGUGGCACUGCCUGCGGCGCGGCCUGCGGCGCUUGCGCUGCUUGUGGCACUGCCUGUGGAGCGUGUGGCGGAGCCUGUGGAGCUGCCUGUGGAGCUUGCGGCGCAGCUUGCGGUGCUGCCUGCGGCUCCUGCGGCACUUUUCUGGGCACUUGCCCUGUUGGCGGGGCCUGCGGAGCAUGCGGUGCAUGUGGGGGUGGCUGCGGAGCAGCUUGCGGUGCAGCAUGCGGCACGGCAUGCGGGGCAGCCUGCGGCACGGCAUGCGGAGCUGCCUGCGGAGCUGCCUGCGGAGCUUCCUGUGGAACAGCUUGUGGUGCAGCCUGCGGUGCCGGCUGCGGAGCCGCGUGCGGCACAGCCUGCGGAGCAGGCCGCAGGCUCGCCUGCGGUGCAUGUGGUGCUUGUGGCGCAUGCGGUGCCUGCGGUGCAUGCGGUGCAUGUGGCGCCUGUGGAGCCUGCGGAGCAGCCUGCGGUGCCUGUGGCACCUGCGGUGCCUACCAGUGCCUUGGGCAGAAGUUCUGUGCGAAAGGCCUCACGCAGAUGCACAAGGGCGUGGCGCUCAGCCUGUCGCAGUGCAACUUGAACGGCUACAAUAUCGUGAUCGACCAGAAGCAGGACCUCACCGACGUCACCUACACCUUCGAGAACGGUCGCAUGAAGGCCUCGGCCAAGCGCGCUUUCAACACGGGCGACGCGACGGACCUG